UAGUUUAUAAUUCCGAUUUUAUAAAUUUUAAAAUAGCUUUCCGAGUGAUAAAAAAAUAAAAAAAAUUAAUUUUUCUGUCGGGUCGGAUGCGGCUUGAUUAAUGAAGAUGAUUAUUUUAUCAAACUGUAAUAUAAUGAAGCGGUCGUCAACAUCCUCCAAAAUUCAAACAUGGCUUGAAUAACUGUAUAAAGGUCAAGACCGGCAGUAUAUUUAACAUAUUCAUUCACCUGCGGACAGGCAGAGAAUGAACGCGUGCAUAUUCCCCACCCUCUUCUCAUCAGAAUUCUUGCCAGAAAACAGUAAUGAAUAAUAAUUUACCCAUCCACCCACUUUCUUAAUUACUUCGUCUUUAUUUACCACGUUGGAAACAUCUCAGAAGAUACAAUAAAAAGUUUGCUAGUGCCAGCACCAAUCUCUUACAGAUUUGAAAAUUUUUUUCCUCGUCACUCGAUUUUUAAGUGCAGUUUGUAGCUUUUAAAAAUUAUCACUUUUGCUUUGAUUGCGAUUUUCAUUUAAGAUUAAAUUGCAUUUUUUUCCUCCUCAUCCCCGAGAUCAAAGUUUUCUAAAUAUUUUUAAUACCGACAUCUCGAAAAUACUCUAAAGAAAGGAGUAAAAUUUCGCGUUUUCGUACAGUUUUUUAAUGGUAAUUUGCAUUCUAGACGAAAGUACGGUACCACUUGUGGCAUACGUACAGAAAAUUUUUAUUUGAAAUAUUAAACAAGUGGUUUUUAGUUCGGCGGAAUUAUAUAACUGAACUUAAGCUACGUAUACGCAGGUGAUUGGGAAGAAAUGUUACUUUUCCAAUGCAUGAAGGUUGCUCCUGUACUACGUUAAGGCGGGCGAUCAAUGUCCAGUCUCUGAUGUAACUUGAGAAGUUUCUGUAUUUCCGGUGUAAGACUAAACUAUGGACGGGAAAGGGAAUGAGAUUCUCUCUCUCUCUCUUUUUUCAUUUAUUCCUACCUUUGGCAGAAUUUUUAGCUGAUCAGGUUGUUUUCCAUUAUGAAAUGUAGCUCUUCGCGACAUUUCAAACAAUUACUAUACAGAAAUUUAAUCGUCUCUCAUACAUCAUCAUCUCCCAAUGAAGUUUCAUCCAUCAUCACCGUCGCGGAGUCGUUUAGGAAAUUCGAUAAACAACUUUUCUCAACAGUGUAAUUUUUCUCCCACCUUUGAAUUCAAUUAGUCAGGUAUAUUACUUCCGAAUUACUCCAUAAAUCGAUUAGCCUAUCAAUAACCGAAAGCGGUGUGUUCCGUCCAGUCCGUAUUCAUAUUUAUGGUCAUAAAUAUUAAUGGACCGAGUAUAUCUCGCCACUAUCAAAGACAACUGUCUCGAAAUCAUUUCCAUUCCCCGACCGUAAAUUCGCCCAUUAUGCAAAAUGCGACUUAAGCGAGCAAAUAGUCGACCUUCGAUUAGCAUAAGAGGUGACAUUGGUGAGCAUUAAACGAUCCAAAGGUGCCAUUCGUUACACAUCGCAUCAAGUGCAGCCGUUUUGCUGUAUUCGACCUAAUUGCUUUUUCAAAAAAUAAGACGUCAUCCGGAGUGUCCACAUCGGAAGACAACAAACAGAUCGCUACGAAAAUUCUCCUUUUUCACAUCUGGCAUCGUCAAGGGUUUUUCCUGUUCUUUCCCAGAACUCCAUGUAGAUAACAGGGUGAUAGUCUGUCUUUUUUUCUUCCUAUAUAUAUAUACAUAUACAGUAGAUAUACCCAGUUUGAAACCGAUAGCUCUCGGAUCUUGUUACCAAACUAACACGCUAUUGAAUGCACAUGGUAGUCUCUCUCUAUCCAAUCCCCCGCCACCUUCCCUUUCGUCCCACACUACAGCGUAGCCUGAAACUCCAAAAUCACAGGUUUGACGGCAUAUAUGUACUUAUUUAGGUGUAUACUUAGAUAAACUGUGGGCAGAAUUAGAAACUGCUUCGACGCGCCGAUAUCUUACAACCGUCGGUGUAAAGUAUCAAAACUAUUUUUAGAUGUCCUGUUAAGUUUUCUUCCUUGAAGUAGAAGACUAACUCCACACUCGCUAAUGGCGAGAAUGCUUUUAUAAUAUGCAUUCUUUGAUAAAGUGCAUAUUUUAUCCGUUUUUAAUUUAUUUAAAAUCGAAAAUAAAGUAAUAAAAGAUUUAUCGACGCUUCACCGACAGCAACGUAAUAAUAAAGGUAUGUCCAUCAAAACAGCUAGGGAAUAAUAUAUAUAUAUAUAUAAAGGUAGUAGAGAUUUACAUUGUAAAUGAGCAGAUAUGUAAAUGACAUACAAGUUUUUGAGGGACUAGAAGGUAAACAGAAGUUGGGGACUGUAAGGUACAUGUACACACUCUCCAUUAAGGUGUAAUGGAAUCGUAGACCGGUUAGUCGUCACUUUAUCCUUCCCUAGCGACCGCUUGCCGGGGAGACGUUACCCGAUCCUUCGUCCGAACUCGACACCCCUCAUUAAUUUUCUCCACAUAUACAUUUCCACUUUAUUUCUGCAAUUAUAGUUGAAGUCUCUAGAUAAAAUGUGAGACUCGACGGUGCUGCAAUUUGUUAUUCUCCGAAAAGUUUCAGGUCAUUUGGAAGACUUUUGUAUUUGUACCAUAAUUUGAAAUCCUAUACCAUCUAGGACCAAUAGUAGGGUUCUCAUUUGGCUCGUGGCUCCGUUUGAAGAAAUGGGAAAAGGUAGUAGUGCUGAAAAGGCACUGAAAUAGUAGAUGGAUGUAAGGUGAGCCUCUCUUUCUUUCGAGUUGGCUGACAUUAGAUGGUAUGCCUGCAUUCUCUUUCAUCGUCAUCUAAUCUCUCAGUUCGUUGUUGAAACAUCACUGGACGGAAAAAAAAAGAAAAUGUAAAACUUUGUCGAAUAAAUAUCCGUUUCUUCCUGUUUCAUUAUGGAUCGAGAUAAUGGAUACAAAAAUCACAUUUCCCAUUUCUCCGAUUUCUUUCUCGUGUUAAUUUCUUAAAUAACUUUUGCAAGAAUUAUUGAUAAGAACAACACAAGUCGAAUAGGGAGAGAAUUAGGUGUAGAAGCCCGAUAGUAGAUGUUACGCCGGUCUAAGUGUCGAAAGACGAAGAUAUAUAAACAAAUCGCUGCGAGGUCGAGCGGAAAUGAGUUUGUGCAAUGUUCGAAUGUUUGAGAAUAUAAUAAACACAAAUUUUUCACAUCUGCCUUCCAUACGUUGUGAAAUUGCUGCAUUUCCUCAACUAAGUUUAAUUUCCGAAUUCAUUGAAAAACGUAGAAGCCGGCUGCAUAACAAACUGAUCAAACGCUUCCUUUUAUCUGUUAUUUUAUUUUUUCAAAAUGAUUACUUUAAGAAGAGAUAUGGAAGUAAUAGUGAGCAAAGGAAUAUGUCGAACUGAAAAUACCACUGGUAGAGUCUGCUAAUUGAUCUCCUGAUAGUAAUUUCGUUUCGAGUCUACAACACAAUUAAAUACCGUUCAGAAGAAACAUUCUACUUGGAGUUUAGACGAUAAACUGCUCUCGGUUGAAGAUAAGUUUCCUCUUAAUUGAUUGCCUAAAACACAAUCAAAGAGAAGCAGAUGGCCAACGUUAAUCUAGUCUAUUACGAAUCAUUGCUAACUUGAUGGAUAAGUGCAAACGUCGUGUUCGGAAAGAGUUAAGUCCACUCCUCCCACGGUGAGAAUUUAUGAAGAUCUUGAUGGGGAUUACGCCGAGACCACUAUGAACGAGUUACUCGGAUGGUACGGAUAUGGAAAAGUGGAUAGCAAGGAUACUCAAGGUUUGAAUUUACAACAUUUCGCUACGGUGACGUCACCCGUCACGUCUGUUUCCACACCCGAUGGAAGUGGUUCCGAAGAUACUAGUCGCGACACUCUCCAUCCUUCGACUGGAAAGUCGUCUUCCAACGGCCCCGUUAGCGUCGACAGCCCCAAAUCCGAAAGUGGACAAGGGAGAUCAGAAAGAUCGUCUUUGGCUAAUGAUCCGGUUGUUAUUCAACAUCAGAAACUGGUGUCCGCUUUGGCAAAUCUUCCAAAACCUCCAGAAUCUCCGAAUCUUCCCCCCGGUUGUGUCGUUUGUGCCUGGUGCCAAAAAGUUGGAAUGAAACUAUUUACUUUAAAAACAACGAAUGGAAGUAAGGCCUUCUGUAGUGAACUGUGCUUCACCCAAUGCAGAAGAGCGUCGUUUAAGAAGAAUAAAGUUUGCGACUGGUGCAAACACGUUCGUCAUACUGUCAAUUAUGUAGAUUUUCAGGAUGGUGAACAACAGUUGCAGUUCUGCAGCGAUAAGUGCCUCAACCAGUAUAAGAUGAAUAUUUUCUGUAAAGAAACCCAGGCACAUCUACAGUUACAUCCGCAUCUUCAAGACGCUGCCUGUAAAGUGACACCGAGUGGUUCUAUGAAUCUCAUAACGCCAGAACUUUGGCUGAAAGACUGUAAGAAUGGUGCCAAGACCAACGAAGACGAUGUUGAGGAAACAUCCGCUCAGGAUGAAGUAGAUGUCGUUAAUACUAAGCAGAAUACCAGGAAGGAAAGAGAAAAGGGUAAACGAGUUAAUCGACAAACCGGAAGUCGACAAAGUAAAGACGGGAAUGUGGAAAAUCGACAGACUCCAGCUACUCCCGCUGUAGGGAUAUCGCCUCAUAGAAGACAGUCCCCGUGUGCACCCAGUGACUAUCAGAGACCGUCAUUUCUUCCACCAUAUCCCAGUUUUCUUGCGCAACAACAGUUAGAUGCUUAUCUUCGAUUGCAGCAUUCCAGGUUCGGAGGACCACCAAUCCCACUGCCACACGGUCCUUUACCUCCCUUUCCACCCGGAACAAGCCCUCAUCCUCCUCUUCAUCAUCCAUCAUAUCCUACUCCACCCGCAUCACUUUUGCCUCCGGUAACGGUAGCCGUUCCUUAUCCAAUCCUCAUCCCUUUACCUAUCCCCGUUCCCAUUAUAAUCCCAUUAUUAUUAGGACUGUCGGAAAAGCUACAAGAAGAGAAGAAACAGGAAGCGAGAAAGGCAUCGGAUAUCAAGAAAACGAACUCUAAAGUGGGUGACGACAGCAGUGACAGUAGUCAGGUGGAGGAUGACACCACAGAAGACGACAGUGAGUUUACCAAAACAACUAGAAAGGAGAAACGGCCCUUGCAAGAAGGAAAGUAUCGCGAGUUGAAACGGAAAUGUACGAGAAGAAAACUAAAUUCGAUAUGAUUGUAAAUAACGCUGAAGAGUUAUCAGUCAAAGAGAUUAUCAACUACUUAGUUUUAAAAAGCUUAGCUUAUAUGUUGUUCGAGAUCUAGUUUUUCAAGGUUAUAUACAAUUUAUAAAUAUAUAUAUACGUAUUUGUACAGUCUUUACUGUAUACAUGUAUAUACUAAUUGUUAUUGAUGUCUGCAGGUUGUGAUCAUUUAUUUGUAGCAAGUUCCAUUAAAAUGUUCAUGUUGUAAAUACGAAACGCCAUUUCUUUAACCGGUCGCAUCGGAAAAACUCCCUCACAACUCCGGAAGUUUUGGCGACCGUAAAUCUUACACACAGACACACCUGGGAUCAUUUAUCGCCAUUCUUCCAUCAGAAAAACUCUCGGUAGGGCCCGCCCCUAACCAUCGGUGCGAGAUUACAGGUGAGGACAGAGGAGGUGCCGCUAACCAUUGUGAAGCUGGACAGCGGACAAAGCGUGGGAACAUGUCGUGUGAGGUCACGGUCGGUCAGCAUCGACACAAGCCAGCACCGUGAUUAAGGGGAAAAUGAGUUGAGGGCGGACUCCUAGAAGGGGUGGUACUCUGGCGAGAGGAGGAGUGCAGACAUCGGAUAGCGUCACAGAGUCGCCACCGAGUGUGAAGCCAAAUGAAAGGUUAUUCUGUUCGGCGACCGUCUCUAUAGACUAAUGAAAGGACUCUGCUUUGAUUUUUUUUCCUCUCUGCUUUUUUCUUCUUUCUUUCUCCUCCCCGUCAGAGUUGAAAAGGUGUCUGCUACUGUUGCGCUGUGACUACUAAUCAACUGGCUCAAUCGCCAGGUAAUUUUGUAUUGUUAUCGGGUACCGAUAGCCUAGAAAGUUGCAAAUCAAACCGACACUUUGUAAACCGAUAUAAAUAAGAAAGCUCGUGUUGCUAUUCGAAUUGCAAAUCUUUUAAAAAUAAUUGCUUCCUUUUUGAGUUAUUUUCCUGUAUAAAGAUGUCACAACAACGCAGACUGUUGCAUCUAGAAGU